GCAAACGGCAAACCGGAGGAUGCACUAAGCAUGAGUGAGAAUCCUCCGGAGAAAGAUGGAUGACGGGUGGAGGUGUGGCCGAGCCGCGGGCUUGCAGCAUGACUUGAAAAUGCUGCAGCAUCCGGCCGUCCCUCCUCCUCCUCCUCCUCCUCUUCUCUCCAUCUUGUGCAUACCGGCUGUUUCCUCCCCCCCUCUUUCUCUCAGUCUGCGUGCUGUAGUCCUGCUGUGCGGUCCUCUCAGCCCUCUGUAGUAGCACCAAAGGGAGGAGGAGCCACCAGCACACACACACGCAUAUCACACAGACACACACACCCUCUCACAUCAUCUCUUCUGCACGCUCGCUGUAAUCACCAGCCAGGCCCGUUUGGAGCAGGGGAGCCUAGCCGAUUGUCGCCCAGGAUGGAUGUACUGAUGAAGGGGUUCUCCAUGGCCAAGGAGGGGGUGGUGGCCGCUGCAGAGAAGACCAAAGCAGGCAUGGAGGAGGCAGCAGCCAAGACCAAGGAAGGGGUGAUGUAUGUAGGCAGUAAGACAAAGGAGGGAGUUGUGUCAUCAGUAAACACAGUGGCCAACAGGACCGUGGAUCAGGCCAACAUCGUCGGGGACACGGCGGUUGCCGGGGCGAAUGAAGUGUCACAGGCAACCGUGGAGGGGGUCGAGAAUGUCGCCGCGUCGACCGGGAUGGUCAACCAGGGAGAAUAUGGGGGAAUGGAGCAGGGUGGAGGAGGAGGAGAGGGGUAUUAGUCGUCAGCAGGACCUUCCCUCCCGUGCUCUUCGGCGUCCCCUCGCUCCCCUGACCUCGCUGUACCAGACUUCAGAUGUUCAACUUAUUUUUUUGUGACUUUACAGAACCAAAAUCAACUAAAACAGACUCUUCCGGAUGCCGCACCUAUGCCACUUCCCCCCCCCCCCCCCCCCCCCCCUUUGUGAUCUCCGUGAUGCCUCUCCUCAGCAGCUCUCUGCCACAUGUCCUCACGCUGACUUCUCCCCCCUGAUUUCCUGCAGCCUGUAGCUUUUCCUCCACUGCCCGCCUUGCCCUCGCCUCACCUGUGUUAGUGUCGUUCCUGAUAUGAACCCUGGUGUUGUUACAGUCCCUACGCCUACCAACCAAUAGGGAAACCUCACACACAAACACACGCACACACACACACACGCGUACACAAAGACACACCUUCAUUUGACACAUGCAUGAUACGCACAUACACUACAUACCAAUGCCAGCACAGACGCACAUACUGGGCACACAUGUUAAUUGUAGGAUAUUUUGGUUGUAUAAAUAAAGUUACGCCUCUGCAGUUCACAACAAUAACAAUAACUCACCAAGUGACUGAGGCAGGGUAUGAGAGGUUGUGUGAUCUGCUUUCUGUGUGCCUGUGUGUUCAUGUUAACUUAUAUACGUGUGUGUGCAUGUGUCAAAUAAAUCUCCAGAGGCUUGUGCAGGGAAUCGUGCAUUGAGGACAGAUAUCAUUCUGUUUUGUGUGCAGUAGUUAGUUCGUUAUUUGGCUACAGUAGACUGCAUGAACAGAUGUGUAGAAUGACUUGUCUCGUGUGGUAACUAUAGAGUAGCAGGUGUUCUGUGUCGCUUUGUAUGGCUUCGUGUGUGUUUGGCCUCAACGUUUAGAAACAGGGUUUUUAACCAGGAAGCAAUACCCGAUGCUCAUUUUUCCUCAGCUGUUAGAGCGGAAACUUGAAUUGUGUUCAUGUGUUUGUUGCAUGAGAAAACAAGAGCAGUUGUUCCACAAGUUAUUGCAAACACUAGCUGAAUUUCUGGUGAAAUGAGCUGACCAUGCUCAACAAUACAAUUGAAAUAAUUCCAUUUGAUGGCAAUAAAAAAAAGAAAACAUCUCGGGUUUGAAUAUUUCCCUCAAUGUAAAAACGUCAAAUAGCUUCGAUGAAGAGUUCAAACAAGCUGAUAGAGAAUAUAUACACGUCCGACGAUUCUUUUCAAAUGUUAAGCUAUUAAAAGGGAAAUUUAAAAGGGAAACCUGGAAAACAAAAGGUUUUCAGGGACUUUGGAGCAGCUGAUACUGAUCACCUCUUGUCAUCGUGUAGUUGCUUUUUAGUCUUUGUGAAACUGAUUUGCAUGCCAUCAGGAGAAACAACGCCGUGUGAACAUUAGUCUCUUAGUUAUUUCUGUGAUAAAUAACAUUGAGUCAGUGAGGGAAUCGAUACUCGAAGAGAAUGAAGGUUUGGGUUUUAUCAAGUAUUACCUUUAUGUGUAGUCCUGUGUAUAGCUUGAUUUUUGGGAUGUGUACUUGUUUUUAGGGUAGUUGUUUCAUAUUUCACACUAACUAGUCUGAACCCUGGCUGUUCUGAAGAUCCCGCCCAUCAACGGUCUCAGCCAAUCAGAGGAUUCCCUUCUCCUCUCAGUCAGUGUGAUGCCACCUUUCACUGCUCAUCUGCCCGGCAUCAGUGUGUGUGUGUGUGUGUGUGUGUGUGUGUGUGUGUAUGCACUGUAUGUGUGUGGGUGUGUUGCGUUAACAUAUACCGGUUCAGCCAGCAAAGUGUGUGCGUGUGUUUGUGUCUGGAGCAGGUUUGUGUGUUUUUACUUUGAGGCCAAUGGAAACUGAUGACUGCAUGUUGCCUUAUUAAGCAAUCUGACAUUCACACACAUAGACUACACGUUGCACCACACCUCUACCAACACACACACACAGUACACUUUAUAUAACUCGCAAUCACAAACCACACCAACACAAAUCACCACGUUUAUGUUGGCAUCAAAGCAGACUCGCUGAUUUUAUAAACAGUACCAGUGAAAUUAAAAAGGUUUUGUUGAAAUCCA